AUGGCUGCAUAUACUCCGCCUUAUCAUCCCACAACAACUACUCUGACUCUUGUCGACGCUAGCACUCUUCACGAUAAAACUAUACCAAGCGUGGUGGUCGGCAAAAAGGGCGAUGAAGAUCCGUUUCUCGUCACGUUGGAUCCAGACGAGCCUGAAAAUCCCGAUAGCUGGUCGCGCCUGAAGAAAUGGUCGAUCACGAUUCUAGGUGGUAUAUUGGUAUUGAACGCAACGUUUGCAAGUUCCGCUCCGUCAGGUAUUUUACCCCAUUUGAUGGAGAAAUACACAUUUUCGGAACAAGUUGGCGUACUCGUAAUAUCUCUCUUCGUAGCGGGAUUUUGUGUUGGACCUAUUCUGUGGGGGCCUCUGUCAGAAGAGUUUGGUAGACGGCCAAUAUUCAUUGUCACGUUUUUCGUGUACAUGUGUUUCCAAAUUGGUAUGGCUCUAUCACAGAAUACGGCUUCUCUGCUAGUAUUCCGUUUUCUUGGAGGGGUCUUUGCGGCUGGCCCUCUGACCAACUCUGGGGCUAUUAUAUCGGAUAUGUGGAAUGAUAAAGAUCGAGGGAAAGCACUAGCCAUCUUCGUGAUCGCUCCCUUUGCGGGGCCCUCUUUGGGACCCAUCGUUUCCGGGUUCAUCUCAGUAGGAGGGGCAUCGUGGCGCUGGUUGUUCUGGGUUUUGACCAUGUUUGCUGGUGUUUGCUGGUUACUAAUCCUUGUAAUGAUCCCGGAGACAUACAAGCCUCUCCUUCGAGUGUGGAAGGCUCGGAGGUUGAGGAAAGAAACUGGCGAUGAUCGAUACUACGCGCCAAUGGAAAGGGACACAAAGACCAUAGCACAACAGGUAGAGCAUGUCUUAGCCAGGCCCUUCAAAAUACUGGUACAGGAACCUAUGCUUAUUGCCAGCACCAUUUAUAUGAGUUUUGUCUAUGGGUGCCUCUACCUGCUUUUCGAGGCCUAUCCUAUCGUCUUCACAAAGGGACAUCAUUUCAACGCUGGAAUAACCGGUCUCGUAUUCCUUCCGAUCCUCAUUGGCGCAGCCAGCGCACUUGUCGUUUAUCUAUUGUCCCCAUCCUGUUCCACCAGAAUAUCGCCUGACCAUGUCCUUGUACGCCUCGCCGCUCUUUGCGAUAUCGUUUUUUUGGUUCGGAUGGACAAGCUAUCCGGAUGUAACAUAUUGGGCCCCGUUGUUGUCUGGCGCGUUGAUAGGCUUUUCAAUCAUGGGAAUAUUUAUACAUAUCUUAGUAUCGCAGCGUCAGCACUAGCGGCCAACACUAUUUGUCGUAGUCUCUUCGGUGCAGCAUUCCCCCAAUUUGCCAACCAGAUGUACGAGGCCAUGACUCCACGAUGGGCGUCAUCCCUGGUAGGCUUUGUAGCCCUGGCCAUGGUUCCCAUACCUUUUAUUUUUGUAAAGCAUGGCGCCAAACUUCGUGCCAAGUCGAAAUAUGCUCCCGUGGUAGAUACCACUCCGUUCCCGCCGUCCCUUCGGACGAAAGAGUCUGAUGUUUCUGCAGCAUGA